GGUAUUAUUUAUGUUUAGGUACUUCAAAAGUUAAGAUCGUCAUUAAUUAUCUUUAAAGUUGAAAUUGAAUAUUUUAAACAACUUGCAUCGAAGUUUAUAUCGAACGUUCAUGGAAAUAAGUUAGUUUCAGUUUAAUUCCAGUGUACAACUCGUCCAAAGCGAUAAUUUUAAAUUAUAGAAUAAAUAUGUGCGUAUGACAGUGUUGAACUUUUUGUUUACGUGGUUUGCGUAUUCAUAGCUACUGCAUACUGUUGAAGUAUAUAUUCAAUUUAAUUUACAACUUAUUAUCUUUAAACAAUGGCGACGGAUAAAACGAUAAACAGAAAUAAGCCCGGCACUGAGGUAGUUCAGUCAACUCUGUUGGUGUAUCAUUAAACCGUGUUACGUCGUUGCAAGAACAAAGCUAGUAAAAUAUUCAAGGGAAUAGCCUUAAACAUGUUGAAACAAAUGUUUUUCUUGUUCCGAUAUUAUCUGGAGAUGUUCAUUGACUUCCUAUUCUCCCUAUACUGGGAUGGACAUCGGAGGAGCAUUCCACCAUUGGAUAAGAAACAUUCUUUACUCAAAGAGAGUGCUGUGACUUUAGCCGCUAAAAUCAGGAACAAGGAAUUGAAGUCUAAAGAUCUGGUUGCAGUAUGCAUAGAAAGAAUCAAAUUGGUCAAUCCAUACUUGAAUGCUGUAACAGAUGAAAGGUUUGAAGAUGCCUUAAAAGAUGCAGAGGAAGUUGAUAAAAUGAUUGAAAAGGGCUUGUCUGAGGAAGAAUUUCAACAGAAACCGUUUUUGGGCGUACCAUUCACGGCGAAGGAGAGUCACGCAGUAUCCGGCAUGCUGCAUACUCUCGGCAUAGCAGCCCGCCGCGGAGUUCGCGUGGACUACGACGCGGAGUGCGUUCGCCUGCUGCGGGCGGCCGGCGCUAUACCCGUCGCCGUCACCAACGUGCCGGAAAUUAAUAAGUGGCAGGAGACGCGCAACAUGGUGUUCGGGCAGACGAACAACCCGUACCACUGCGGGCGCACCGUGGGCGGCUCCAGCGGGGGCGAGGCGGCGCUCGCCGCCGCGCUCGCCAGCCCCAUCUCGCUGUGUUCUGAUAUCGGUGGAUCCACGAGAAUGCCGGCCUUCUACUGCGGCCUGUUCGGUCUGAACCCCACUGCGGGGCACACAAGCCUCAAAGGAUCGGUUCUACGCAACGGAACGGAUCCAACGAUGGCCUCCAUCGGGUUCGCGAGCAAGCACCUGCAGGACCUGGUGCCGCUCACCAAGAUCGUGGCUGGUGACAAGGCGCACCUGCUGGAGCUGGACAGGCCAGUGGAUGUGAAGAAAAUUAAAUACUACUACGUUGAGAGUUCGAAGGACAUACGCAUUAGUCCCAUCUGCUCCGACCUAAGGAAGGCGAUGAAAAGGGUAGUUUCCCGGCUAUCGGACGAAACGACCGGCGACUCGUCUCCCCGCCGCUACUACCACGCCGGCUUCAACUAUAUGUUCGCGCUGUGGAAGCACGCGAUGACCAAAGAGACGGAGUCGUUUUCGAGAAUGCUGACCAACAACACGGGCGAGGUGAACGGCAUCUGUGAGCUGGGGAAGAAGCUAAUCGGGCAAUCGCCCUACACGCUAGCAGCUAUAUUGAAGCUAAUCGACGACCAGGUGCUGCCGGCCGUCGACAGAGAGUGGGCUGAGAAACUUACCGAGGAACUGAAGACUGAUUUACUGAAUACUCUGGGCACGGAUGGGGUAUUACUGUUCCCGUCUGCCCCUAGCCCCGCGCCCUACCACUACAGCCUGUACUUGCGGCCGUUUAACUUUGCCUAUUGGGGCAUUUUCAAUGUUCUGCACAUGCCCUCGAUUCAGGUGCCGCUGGGUCUGAGCGCGGACGGCGUGCCGCUGGGCGUGCAGGUGGCGACGGCGCCACGCCGCGACGCGCUGUGCGUGGCCGCCGCCGCGCGCCUCGCCGACAUGUUCGGGGGCUACGUGCCGCCCUGUACGCUACACUGAUUCUACGUGUUUUUGUAUUAAUAUUAAUUAAGCAUAUAUGCUAAAUAAAAAUGGGAAAAACAAUGCGAAUGUUAAUUAUUUAGAACCAAUUUGGACAAUAAUUAAUUGUAUAUAUCUUAAUGAUUUAUUAUCAAUGAAAAUUAAAUUAUUUAAGACAAAAUUCUCGAAAUAAAUUGUUAUAGAUAUCUCAUAUGUAUUUAAUAACUGUUGAGUUUAGGUUUUUAUCUGUAACAGUGUGCUAGAUAUGCAUUUAUUUAAUUUAAUGCGCUUUUGUAUGUAUUAUAUUUUGUUGUUAGUGUUUAUUCUGUAACAAAUUAUCAGAAAACAUUUUGUAUGCCAGAGUAUCUUAUAAUCUAUAUCUAAGGUAUAUGAUAUGUUGAGAAUACUGUGAUUUCAAAGACUAAAAUUUUACACUGUAAUAUAAUAUUGAGGUGGUGGUAAGGUGCAAUAAAUAUUCUAUUUUCGAAUAA